AUGGAGAGUGGAGCGUGGAGCAUGGAGAGUAGAGCAUGGAGAGUAGAGCUUGGAGAGUGGAGCGUGGAGCAUGGAGAGUGGAGCGUGGAGAGUAGAGCUUGGAGAGUGGAGAGUGGAGAGUGGAGCGUGGAGCGUGGAGCAUGGAAAGUGGAGAGUGGAGCGUGGAGAGUGGAGCAUGGAGAGUGGAGCAUGGAGAGUGGAGCGUGGAGAGUGGAGCGUGGAGCGUGGAGCGUGGAGAGUGGAGAGUGGAGCAUGGAGAGUGGAGCGUGGAGAGUGGAGAGUGGAGAGUGGAGCGUGGAGAAGAGUGGAGCGUGGAGAGUGGAGCAUGGAGAGUGGAGCGUGGAGAGUGGAGAGUGGAGCGUGGAGAGUGGAGCAUGGAGAGUGGAGCGUGGAGCAUGGAGAGUGGAGCAUGGAGUGUGGAGCAUGGAGCGUUGA